CGCCCGGCUCUUCGGGGAGACCGGCGCGAGCGGUACCGGAGCCGGCCGCGGUCCUCACUGCCGGGUACGGCCGUCCUCCCCGACCCGAGCUCGGCCGCCCGGCGGCUGCAGACAGCGGCUGACGGCCUUCCUUCCGCGCACACAGGCUGGGCUUGGCAGGGCAGGGUCCGCCGCCGGGGACUGAGGAUGGGGAAGUAGCUGCAGGACCCCGCACUGAGGGUAUUUUAAAGGUCUAUUUCUGUGGGAUGAGGACCAUUCACAGAUAAACAUUUCUGGAAAUCAUUUUGGGAUGCUUGAUUCGCCCUUGAAGUUAUGCGGACAGAAGUGCUCAAUUUUUCAAAUUAUAUCAGCUGGACCCAACAGUGUAUAUUAAAGUUCACUUAAAUUGGAACUUGUAAAAGAAAAGAGAAUGGGAGUCUGGUUAAAUAAAGAUGACUACACCAGAAACUUAAAAGGGAUCAGUUUCUGCCUUCUAAUAGUGUAUAUGGCUGUUUUAGUAGGUACUAAUCAGGAUUUUUACAGUUUACUUGGAGUAUCCAAAACUGCAAGCAGUAGAGAAAUAAGACAAGCUUUUAAGAAAUUAGCAUUGAAGUUACAUCCUGAUAAAAACCCGAAUAACCCAAAUGCACAUGGUGAUUUUUUAAAAAUAAAUAGAGCAUAUGAAGUACUUAAAGAUGAAGAUCUACGGAAAAAGUAUGACAAAUAUGGAGAGAAAGGACUCGAAGAUAAUCAGGGAGGCCAGUAUGAAAGCUGGAACUAUUAUCGUUAUGAUUUUGGUAUUUAUGAUGAUGAUCCUGAAAUCAUAACACUGGAAAGAAGAGAAUUUGAUGCUGCUGUUAAUUCUGGAGAACUGUGGUUUGUAAACUUUUACUCCCCAGGAUGUUCACAUUGCCAUGAUUUAGCUCCCACUUGGAGAGAAUUUGCUAAAGAAGUGGAUGGAUUACUUCGAAUUGGAGCUGUUAACUGUGGAGAUGAUAGAAUGCUUUGCCGAAUGAAAGGAGUCAGCAGUUAUCCCAGCCUCUUCAUUUUUAGGUCUGGAAUGGCCGCAGAGAAAUACCAUGGAGACAGAUCAAAGGAAAGUUUAAUAAGCUUUGCAAUGAAGCAUGUUAGAAGCACAGUGACAGAACUAUCAACAGGAAAUUUUGUUAACUCCAUACAAACUGCUUUUGCUGCUGGUAUUGGCUGGCUGAUCACUUUUUGUUCCAAAGGAGGAGAUUGUUUGACUUCACAAACACGACUCAGGCUUAGUGGCAUGUUGGAUGGUCUUGUUAAUGUAGGAUGGAUGGACUGUGUAACCCAGGAUAACCUUUGUAAAAGUUUAGAUAUUACAACAAGUACUACUGCAUAUUUUCCUCCUGGAGCCACUUUAAAUAACAAAGAAAAAAAUAGCGUUUUGUUUCUUAAUUCAUUGGAUGCUAAGGAAAUAUAUAUGGAAAUAAUACACAAUCUUCCAGAUUUUGAGCAACUCUCAGCAAACACACUAGAGAAUCGUUUAGCACAUCAUCGCUGGCUCUUAUUUUUUGAUUUUGGAAAAAAUGAAAAUUCAAAUGAUCCCGAGUUGAAAAAACUGAAAACACUACUGAAAAAUGAUCACAUUCAAGUUGGAAGGUUUGACUGUUCCUCUACACCAGACAUCUGCAGUAAUCUCUAUGUUUUUCAGCCAUGUCUAGCAGUAUUUAAAGGACAAGGAACCAAAGAAUAUGAAAUUCAUCAUGGAAAGAAGAUUCUAUAUGAUAUACUUGCUUUUGCCAAAGAAAGUGUGAAUUCUCAUGUUACUACACUUGGACCUCAGAAUUUUCCUGCUAGUGACAAAGAGCCAUGGCUUGUUGAUUUUUUUGCCCCUUGGUGUCCACCAUGUCGAGCUUUGCUACCAGAGUUACGAAAAGCAUCAACACUUCUUUAUGGUCAGCUUAAAUUUGGUACACUUGACUGUACCAUUCAUGAAGGACUCUGUAACAUGUAUAACAUCCAAGCUUAUCCAACAACAGUGGUAUUCAACCAGUCCAGUAUUCAUGAGUAUGAAGGACAUCACUCUGCUGAACAAAUAUUGGAAUUCAUAGAGGAUCUUAGAAACCCUUCAGUGAUCUCUCUAACACCCACUACUUUCAAUGAACUAGUUAAACACAGAAAGCAUGAUGAAGUCUGGAUGGUUGAUUUCUAUUCUCCAUGGUGUCAUCCCUGUCAAGUCUUAAUGCCAGAGUGGAAAAGAAUGGCCCGGACAUUAACUGGACUGAUCAAUGUGGGCAGUAUGGACUGCCAACAGUAUCAAUCUUUUUGUGCCCAAGAAAAUGUUCAAAGAUACCCUGAGAUAAGAUUUUUUCCCCAAAAAUCAAAUAAAGCUUAUCAGUAUCAUAGUUACAGUGGUUGGAAUAGAGAUGCAUACUCCCUAAGAAUCUGGGGUCUGGGAUUUUUACCUCAAGUGUCCAUAGAUUUAACACCCCAGACUUUUACUGAAAAAGUUUUACAUGGGAAGAAUCAUUGGGUGAUUGAUUUCUAUGCUCCUUGGUGUGGACCUUGCCAAAAUUUUGCUCCAGAAUUUGAGCUCUUAGCUAGGAUGACUAAAGGAAAAGUGAAAGCUGGGAAAGUAGACUGUCAGGCUUAUGCCCAAACAUGCCAGAAAGCUGGCAUCAGAGCUUAUCCAACAGUUAAGCUUUAUCAGUAUGACAGAACAAAGAAAAGUAUUAGAGAAGAGCUGAUAAAUGCCAGAGAUGCAAAAACAAUUGCUUCCUUCAUUGAUGGAAAAUUGGAAUCUCUCCAGAGUCAAGGAAAGAGAAAUAAGGAUGAACUUUGAUGGCAUUGAAGAAUUAAAAAUUGGAAAGAAAAAAGUCCAAACAGUAACAUCAGAAAAGAUACCUUUUGAGAAUGCUAUGUACAUUUGUGGUGAGAAUAAAUGAACAUAUUUUGGAUUGUAA